AAGUUAUUUUUUGGUAAAAAUAUUAUUAGUUUUAGGAAGACAUAUGAAAGUGUCUAUAAAAAUAUAUAAUGAUGUAUCAUCUAAUAAAAAAAGAAUUAAAAAAAAAUAUAUCAGAAAAUUUAUUUUAAAUAAAUCAUAUCAUUGAAAAUGAUAAUAUUCAAUAAUAUUACAACAAAAUUUUAUAGUAUAAUAUUCAGAAUUUACAUAUUUACAUAUUGCAUUUAUAUGCAUAUAAAAUGAAGAUAUAAUAUAUUUAUUACAAUUAUUAUAAUUAUAAUGAAUUGUUUUAAUUGUGCAAAAAUAAACAAUAUUCGAAUUCUAUAAUAAUAAUUACAUAAAAGAUUUGAUUUGUUUCAUAUAUAUAUAUAUGUAUAUAGAUGUUCUUUAAAAUUCCCGCAAAUUGUAAUAUACAAUAUUUAUACAUAUAAUUUUGGACAUAAACUAAUAACUACACACAUAUAUAUAUAUACAAAUAAAAAAUAAUAAUAUAAAUAAUAAGUAAAUUAGUAAAUAAAUAAAAAAAUAUAGAAUAAUUUAGUUUCAUAUUAGAUAAGUUUUUCAGUAUUUUAAUUUAAAACACGUAUUUUGAAUUUAAUUUCAAAUAACAAUCUAUUUAAAUGUAUUAAUUUAUUGAAAAUGUUUAAAAAAAUAAAAAAUAUUCAUAAUUUUCAAAGAAUUAAUUUCAAAUAUAUACUCAUAAAAAAAUAUAGUCAAAAGGUUUCCAAAUGUUAUCCAAAAAGAAUAUUUUCAGGAAUUCAACCAACUGGAAAUUUACAUUUAGGAAAUUAUCUUGGUGCUAUACAAAAAUGGAUACAAUUCCAAGAUAAUGGAGAAAAUGUUAUUUGGAGCAUUGUGGAUAUGCAUGCUAUUACUUUAUCACAUGAUCCAAAAGAAUUAAAUGAUAAUAUAUUUAAAAUGACAGCAACAUUGUUAGCAUGUGGUAUUGAUCCAAAGAAAAGUAUAUUAUUCCAACAAUCUACUGUACCCAUGCAUACACAAUUGAGUUGGAUUUUGGGAUGUCUUUCAACUCAAGCACGAUUAGCACGUUUACCUCAAUAUAGAGAAAAAAGUCAGACAUUAAAAGUCAUUCCUUUGAGUUUAUAUAUUUAUCCUGUUUUACAAGCUGCUGAUAUACUAUUAUAUAAGGCGACACAUGUUCCAGUUGGACAAGAUCAAGUUCAACAUAUUCAAUUAGCACAAGAAUUAGCUAUUAAAUUUAACAAAAAAUUUGGAGAUACUUUUCCUGUACCUCAUUCUUUAGUUAAUGAAAAUGCAAGUCAACGUAUAAAAUCUCUUCGCGAUCCUUUAAAGAAAAUGUCAAAGUCUGAGAAAGAUUCAAAAAGUAGAUUAGAUUUAUUAGAUGAACCUGAUGUAUUAUUGGAGAAGAUAAAAAAAGCUGUUACUGAUUGUACCUCAAAAGUAACUUACGAACCAGAAACAAGACCUGGUGUUUCAAAUUUAGUUAUUAUCCAUUCAAUGCUUAGUGGAAAGUCUGAGGAUCAAAUAUGUUCUGAAGUAGAAGAAUUAGAUACUGGAAAAUAUAAAUUGAUGGUGGCAGAUUUUAUUAUAGAAAAAUUAACUCCAAUUCGUAAAGAAUAUUCAAAAUUAAUUAAGGAUCCAAUGUAUUUAGAAGAAAUUUUGAAGAAUGGCACGGAAAAAGCGAUCGAAAUAGCUAAUGAUUGUUGGUAUGAUGUUCGAAAUAAAAUUGGUUUUGAAAAUGAUAUUCUCUGUAUUAAUGAGUCAGUACAAAAUAUAGUAAACAAAGUAUAAUAUAAAAUGCAUAUUUAUUGUAUGAAAUAAUUUUAUUGUUAAUUUUUUUGGGUUAAUUGAUAUAAUACUAUGUCAUAUCGAUAACUAAUUUACCUCGUAAAUGACCUUGAGCUACUCUUUCAUAUGCUAGUGGUAAAUCUUGAAAUGAAUAUACUUUUUUAACUACAGGAAUAAGCUGGAAAAAGUAAAAAGUCAUAUAUGUACAUAUAUAUGUAUAUAUAUUAUUAAUUAAAAUUAAAAUUAAUAUAAUAUAUGGAAAUGAA